AUGGUCACCCGCGUGGACAGGCCCAACUUUGGCAUGUGCAUCGACACCUUUAACCUCACCGGCCGCGUCUACGCCGACCCGGCCUCGCCUACGGGCAAGACCCCCAACGCGGACCGCGACAUGGCCGAGUCCAUGCAGAGGCUCGUCGAGCGCGUUGACGCUGACAAGAUCUUCUUCGUUCAAAUGGGCGACGCGGCCCGUCUCGCGGAGCCUAUUCGCCCCGGCCAUGAGCUCUACGAUGCCGCUCAGCCUGCCCGUAUGAGCUGGUCCCGCCAGCACAGGCUAUUUUACGGCGAGCAGCACCUCGGCGGCUACCUCCCCGUCAAGGACGUCAUGGUGGCGGUUCUCCGCGGUGUCGGCUACCGGGGCUGGGUGAGCUACGAAAUCUUCAACCACAGGCUUUUUAACACCGAUGCUUCUAUCCCUGAUGAGAUGGCCCGCAGGGCCGCCGUCGGUUUCGACAAGAUGGUCAAGGACGUAUUUGGCCCCGUGGCGAGACCCAUGGAGAGGCCUGCCGACGUGUCGAGGAGUAACUCGACGGUCUGGGAACAGCAGGUUAGCUACCUGUGA